UUGAAGUGAGGGCUAGGGUUUUAAUCGUCGUUAUUAGCGCCUCAUAAAAUUUCAAUUUUAUUUUGUAAAGAUUUCAAAUUUAAAUAAAUAAUUAAAUCAGAAAGAUUAUUGGUUCCCUCUCCCUCGCAAUCGCACCGGAUUUGCAGUUGGCGCCGGCAGAGUACUGCGGCCACUCCGAGAAUCUCAGUCUGCAUAAUAAGCGUAGAGUUCAGUUAGCCAUUCAUCUCGUCAUGGAAGGAAAGCAUACAGCCAAGAAGCUUAAGUGUAGAGUAAAUAGCGAGGAGGGUCACGAUGAAAGUAGAAAAAGUAAAGCCUCAAAGUCUGGCGGUCAAGCAACAGAGCAUAAGGAGCAGCUGCAAAGGCUUAAAGAAAAGGAUCCAGAAUUCUAUGAAUUCUUGAGUGAGCAUGAUAAGGAACUUCUGCAGUUUGAUGAUGAGGAUAUCGAUGAAGAUACUGAUACCGAUGUGGAAGAAGUUGAAACGGAAGAAGCAGAUGAUGAAAGUAGUAGGGGUGAUAUUGCAGAAAAGGAAGAAAAAACUUCUAGAACUGUUAUAACUACUACAAUGGUUGAUUCCUGGUGUAACUCAAUUAAAGAGAGUGGAAAGAUCGGUGCUGUACGUUCCCUUUUGAGAGCUUUUCGCACUGCAUGCCACUAUGGUGAUGAUGGUGGAGAUGAGUUGUCAACAAAAUUUACUAUUAUGUCUAGCAGCGUCUUUAAUAAAGUAAUGUUAGUCGUACUAAGUGAAAUGGAUGGAAUACUUCGACAAUUGUUUAAGCUCCCUGCUACUGGUGGGAAAAAAGAGACAAUAAUAGAUCUGAUGAGCACAAAACAAUGGAAGAACUACAACCAUUUAGUGAAGUCAUAUCUUGGAAAUGCCUUGCAUGUCUUGAACCAAAUGACUGACACAGAGAUGAUAUCAUUUACUCUACGGCGUCUCAAAUAUUCUUCCAUAUUUCUGGCCGCUUUCCCAAGUCUUCUAAGGAAGUAUAUUAAGGUUUCUCUUCACUUUUGGGGCACUGGUGGAGGUGCCCUUCCAGUUGUAUCCUUUCUGUUUUUAAGAGAUUUAUGCAUUCGACUUGGAUCUGAUUGCUUAGAUGAAUGCUUCAAGGGGGUGUACAAAGCCUACAUUUUGAACUGCCAGUUUGUAAAUGCGAUGAAAUUACAACACAUCCAAUUUCUUGGGAAUUGUGUAAUUGAACUUUUUGGUAUAGACCUUCCAACUGCAUAUCAACAUGCCUUUGUUUUCAUCCGGCAAUUAGCAAUGUUAUUACGGGAUGCACUUAAUACGAGAACCAAGGAAUCUUUUCGAAAGGUUUAUGAGUGGAAGUUCAUGAACUGUCUUGAGCUCUGGACUGGAGCUAUCUGUGCCUAUGGCUCAGAAGCUGAUUUUAGGCCUCUUGCUUAUCCUUUAACCCAAAUAAUUACUGGAGUGGCCCGUUUACUUCCGACUGCCAGAUACUUUCCUCUUAGAUUGAGGUGUGCUAGAAUGCUCAAUCGAAUUGCUGCUUCAACUGGUACUUUCAUACCAGUUUCUAUGCUCCUUUUGGACAUGCUGGAAAUGAAAGAACUGAAUAGGCCCCCUACUGGAGGUGUUGGCAAAGCUGUUGAUUUGCAAACAAUAAUCAAGGUUAGCAAGCCAAACCUCAAGACUCGAGCAUUUCAGGAGGCAUGUGUAUUUUCUGUUAUUGAUGAGCUUGCUGAACAUUUAGCUCAAUGGAGCUAUUCUGCUGCUUUCUUUGAGUUGUCUUUUAUCCCAGUUGUACGACUUCAUAGCUUUUGCAAAUUGACCAAAAUUGAGAGGUUUCGGAAAGCAAUGAGGCAGCUUAAUCGUCAGAUCAAGGCUAGCUCUGAUGUUAUAAAUGAAAAGCGUGUUUCGAUCUCUUUUAUGCCAAAUGAUCCUGCAGCAACAUCAUUUCUUGAGGAUGAGAAAAAAAUAGGAGCUAGUCCUCUGUCGCAGUAUGUCUUGAUGCUACGCCAAAGAGCAAAGCAGAGAAGUGAUUCAUUGAUGGAAUCCAGUGUCCUUGUGGGUGAGAAGUCAUCUAUCUUUGGGACUAAGAUACCAGAAAGUGAUGAAGAUGAAGGUGAUUCCAGGAAUGAGGAAGGUGCUGCUGUCUUUAGCUCCUCCUGGUUACCAGGAGGUGAUCCCAAGGCUAGACCACCUAAGGACUCGGAUAAGAAGAGGAAAAAGAAGAGAAAGACAGAGGAACUGGAAGGGGUAGCUAUGGAUGAAGAUGUUGUUGAGGACUUGGUGCUUAGUUCUGAUGAAGAUGACUCUCUGAGUGACACUCCUUCUGAUGGGGAUGAUGGAAAUGGCAAAGCAGCGCCACAAAACCAGCAAAAACAGAAGCAGAAACAAUCUACCACUGCAUCAAAGAAAAAAUCUCGUGCAAAUAAAUCGAGGAAGAGAAAGAGGGCAAAUUCUUAGAGGAUACAUCAAUGGAAAAAGAUGGUUUUUGUAAAACGAUAUACUCGUAACUGUAUAAUGGAGAGCACAUGAUUAUUAUUAUUUUUUAA